CCGGCGCAUUGUGGGUAAGUCCGCCGCCAUAUGCGUAUUUCUGCCGGCUGAAGGAGAGAACGGGGAGCCAUGAAAGGAGUCCGUUCCCUUAACAGUUUCUCGAAACGCUGCUAUGCUGCGGCCAGGCGGGGCCAACCUCUGACUGAACCCCUGGCCAAUGUGAAACCUGCCCAAGCUGCACCUCUCCCUCCUCAAAACGUCCAAGUGUCGAAGCUCCCCAACGGGCUGGUGAUAGCGUCGCUGGAAAACUACUCCCCUUUGUCAAGCGUCGGCGUGUUUGUUAAAGCCGGGAGUCGCCAUGAGAAUGUGGAGAACCUGGGUGUUUCUCAUGUCCUGCGGCUCGCUGCCAACCUGACCACCAAGGGAGCGUCUGCCUUCAAGAUCUGCCGCAGUGUGGAGGCUUUGGGAGGAAGCCUGAGUGUGACGGGAUCAAGAGAAAAUAUCGUCUACUCUGCAGAUUGCCUGAGAGACGACCUCGAUUCGCUGUUGGACUUCCUGGUCAACGUGACCACGGCUCAGGAGUUUCGGCCGUGGGAGGUGGACGAGCUGACGUCCAGGGUGAAAAUUGACAAGGCUCUGGCUCAGCAGUGUCCCCAGAUAAGCGUGAUCGAGAAGCUGCACGAAGCAGCAUACAAGAACGCCUUGUCCAACUCUCUGUACUGCCCCGACUUUAUGGUUGGUCGUGUCUCCUCUGAACAGCUCCACUCCUUUGUUAAGGAUACUUUCACCACUGGCAGAAUGGCCCUUGUAGGAGUAGGUGUCAAGCACUCUGUCCUGAGGCAGGUGGGCGAGGGUCUCCUGAGUGCCCGCAGUGGAGCUGGAGCACCAGUGGCUAAAGCAGCGUACCGUGGAGGUGAACUGCGAGUGCAGAAUGGAGAUGACCUAGUCCACGCGCUGGUCGUCAGUGAGGGCGGUGUGACGGGCACCGCCGAAGCUAACGCUUUCACCGUGCUGCAAAGGAUCCUGGGAGCCAGUCCUCAUGUGAAGCGGGGCUCCAGCAUCACCAGCAAACUGAGCCAGGGUGUGGCCAAAGCUACCACGCAGCCGUUCGACGCCACUGCGUUCAACGCCUCAUACUCUGACUCUGGCCUCUUUGGUGUCUACACCAUUGCACAAGCUGACUCCGCCGGAGAGGUGAUCAGAGCCGCCAUUGCUCAGGUGAGAGGCGUUGCAGACGGAAGCGUAACUGAGGCGGACAUCACCAGAGCAAAAAACCAGGUGAAAGCAGAGUACUUGAUGUCCAUAGAGAGCUCUGAGGGCCUGAUGGAGGAGAUCGGGGCUCAGGCUCUGAACACUGCCGCCUACCAGGCUCCUGAAUCCGUCCUCCAGGCUAUAGACGCCAUCACCAAGGAUGCCGUAGUUAAGGCAGCCAGACAAUUUGUUGAUGGCAAGAAGACCAUGGCAGCAAGUGGACACCUUAUUAAUACACCAUUUGUUGAUGAAUUAUGAAAAAGAAAAUCAUCUAAAGACCUUUUUAUUUUACCUCAGAGUCGGCGCGUUGGCAUAAAUAAAUAAAAAGAAAACAAAGCGAGCUGCAGAAUCAUAAUGCAUUUGAUCUUUUGUGGAUUUUUUUUCUUCUCAGUUUUACUGUAUAUUGUUGUAAAUUACUGGCAGUGAAACAUCUGGCUGUCAGGUAAAUUCUGCGUCUUGUUCCGAAAUCGGUCAUAAUUUAAUGUGAUUGAGGUCCGAAGGAAAAAAGACAACUGUUCUUCAUCCAAUUAUAAAAUAUCCCAUGGCAGCUUCUCACAUGGGAUUGACGCAGUGCAAACACUAGAAGAGAAAGCAUUCUUUGUUUCCACCCAGUAAGUGUUCAGCAUGACAGGGUACUGUUCUGAUCCUCAGCCAGUGGAGGGACCCAGAAGGAAGCACAAGGAUCCGUUCAGGUGUGACUGCUGUAGGGAUUCGGGACGCUUCAUCCAAAUCGGGCCGCCACCAUGUACGUUUGUUCGGUUACGUUUAACAGCUGCCAUAUUAUCUUUGACCUUUUAUCAGUUCAGAGUGUCAUGGUCAUCAUGUACAUAAAGGAAAUAAAAUAAUUAUGGAUUAAUUUUA